AAAUAUGAAAUGACUGUAACUGUAAACUUCAUUAGCGUGGGCUGCCAUGAUGCUUUCUGCAGCAUCGUGUUACUGUCAGUUGGCUUUUUUUUGCUACGUGAGUUCUUUCCCUAAACCUUUCUGUGUAGUGACCACGUAUACAGCAUCUUAACCCCAAAGUGUUACGUUUUAUCUUGGAGGGGGAAGACUCUUGCUGUCAUACCAGCAAAAAUAGGGAGUUACCUAGAUGAAAGGACUAAAAAAAGAGCAAGCUUACCAGCGCUGCUUAAAAGGAAUCCAAACCUUGUUUGAAGGUAGAAUGCAGUAUAUACUUUAUUUGGCAGUGCUUCAUUACAUGACUUAAAAUUAUGCAAGACUUUAGCUCUUGUUUUGUUUUAAACCCCCAGGGUGCUGAUUGAGAACAGGAUCGAUUUUUCUUUCUUCCUAAUUUAUUCAGUUUUUUAGUAUUUCAGCUAACAUUUCUCUGGAGCUCAACAUAAGACGUGGGGGGAAGGCCGACUUUAAUUUAUUUUGGAUUAGGAUUCCCAUGACAUGUGAACUAGAAGAUAAUCUGAAAUCGAAGGUCUCUUUAUUUUGAAGUGACAGUCUUUAUCAAAAUGGUUGGAAAACUCAAACAGAACUUGCUAUUGGCGUGUCUGGUGAUCAGUUCGGUGACGGUGUUUUAUUUGGGCCAACACGCCAUGGAGUGUCACCACCGGAUAGAAGAACGCAGCCAGCCCGUGAGGAUUGAAAGUGUGAGAAGCACAGUAAGAACUGCUGCCAAUGUAAAUGCAAACAAAACCUUUGCUUACAACAAAGACAUGCCUUUAAUAUUUAUUGGAGGAGUACCUCGAAGCGGCACUACCUUAAUGCGUGCCAUGCUUGAUGCCCAUCCGGAUAUUCGAUGUGGAGAAGAGACCAGGGUAAUCCCCCGAAUUCUGGCAGUUAAGCAGAUGUGGGCUAGAUCAAGCAAAGAGAAGAUCCGACUGGAUGAAGCUGGAGUCACAGAUGAGGUUCUGGACUCAGCCAUGCAGGCGUUUUUAUUGGAAAUCAUUGUGAAACAUGGGGAGCCUGCUCCGUAUUUGUGUAACAAAGAUCCUUUUGCUUUAAAGUCCUUAACUUAUCUUGCUAGAAUUUUCCCCAAUGCCAAAUUCCUUCUCAUGGUACGAGAUGGUCGUGCAUCUGUGCAUUCCAUGAUAUCUAGAAAAGUCACAAUAGCUGGGUUUGACCUUAACAGCUACAGAGACUGCUUGACCAAGUGGAAUCGUGCUAUAGAAACUAUGUAUAACCAGUGUAUGGAGGUCGGUUUUGAAAGGUGUAUGCUGGUACAUUAUGAACAACUCGUAUUGCAUCCUGAAAGAUGGAUGAGAACUCUCUUAAAAUUUCUUCGCAUCCCAUGGAACCAAGCGGUGCUGCACCAUGAAGAAAUGAUUGGAAAAGCGGGGGGCGUUUCUCUUUCAAAGGUUGAAAGAUCUACUGACCAAGUCAUCAAGCCAGUCAAUGUGGAAGCACUAUCAAAAUGGGUUGGGAAGAUACCUGCUGAUGUUUUGCAAGACAUGCCCGUGAUUGCACCCAUGCUAGCAAAACUGGGCUAUGAUCCAUAUGCCAAUCCACCAAAUUAUGGAAAGCCAGAUCAAAAAGUUGUGGAAAACACAAGGAGGGUCUACAAAGGUGAAUUUCAGCUUCCGGACUUUCUUAAAGAAGUGCCACAGCCAAAGAAGACAAUAGAAAGGAAGUCUCGUGGCAAGAUAAAAUGAACAUGGAUCAGUAAAGUCGAAUAGCCGUAGUACUGAACCUAUGGAAUAGAAGAUGCGAUGGAUAUUUCUUGCACAGAAGACUGCUGCCUUUUCGAUGGAAACGAUCUUAUAGGGACUGUCCCGCUGAGAUGAGUGAGGUUACUGCUCAUGGCCUCCUUUUUUCAGAAUUUUCUCCCCCAUUUCUUUCAUACUGUUUUUCUUCCAAAUGUUGCUGUUGUGAGCGCAUGUAAACCUGUUUAAAAAAAAAAAAAAAGAAAUCACUGAUGUUACUGUAGAACCGUAUUACAUUCGCACAACUAUUUUUUUUAAGGUUUUAAAAAGUGCAAAGUAAUGCCUGUCUCCAAAAUUGCUAUUCUGUCUUAAUUACAAAACUCCAUCUUCAAGGGAUUUUUUUUUUCUUUCCUGUAGCAGUUUGGUUUUAAAUGUAUGAAGCUUCCAAAAGAGUGGUCUGUGUUGUCCUACAAGAUUUUUGGUGGAACAGUUGUUUGUUUUAUUCACAUGUGGAAAUUGUUAAAUAUCUUUUAUUUAAAAAAAAAAGUUGAUAAAUUACAUGUACAAUUACAAUUCAAUGAUCUUUUGUAUUUUAUUUUUCAAAAUAAAUGCUUUAAAUGUGA